GAGGUGGAGGAAGGAGAGACCCGCGAUCGGCCCUCCUCCGGCUUCAACCCCGGGUCCCAUGCUCCCCAGCCGCGCUCUCCAUGCAGGGGGAAGCGGAGAUGCCGGGAAGGCGGCGGGGAUCCGGGGAUCCCUUCCCUGUGUCUGGGGAAUUGCCCGAGUGGGGGAGGGAGGGUCGGCCUUGUGAAGGCCCUGCAGGACAGGAGAGAAGCCGGGCGAGGAGGCAGGAUUCGCACCAGGCUCCCCGAGGGCCCCAUCCUGUCUCCGGAGGGGGAGAGAAGCGGGACAGCCUCUCCACCUGCCUCCUUCCCGGUCCUGCUCACCUCGGCCCUGCGCUGGGAUGAGUCGCUUGGGGCUCCAGGCAGGUUGGGUGAAGGUUGUUCAGUGUCUAAAUUCUACUUUCUAAUUCUUGGUGUUGAUUUUCCUUCCAUCUCAGAUACAGAAACUCGAAGCCAUUUGAAAUCUUUGCAAACCAAAAUUUUCUCUUUGGGUAAAAAAGAGCGGAAUCACUUGGAGGGAAAUGGUCCUGUGAAGGAAAAGGCAUCUGGAGACCCAGAAGAGUCCUUGGAGCCAUUUGGAGUUGCUCUGCAGGAGAGAGAAAGGAUGGAGACACAAUCUUUGGGAAAGGAGGGAGCCGGAAAAGGCCCUUCAGCUGCUCAGCCUGGGAAGGGGAGGAAGCUCUGGACAAGGUCUGGGCAGAAGAUCCUGGAGGAGGAAACCAUUGUCCCUUCAAAAGUUCAACCCUGGAAGUUCAUCCAAUACCAGGAGGCUGAGGGUCCCCGAGGACUUUGCAGCCGACUCCAUGAGUGUUGUAGGCGAUGGUUGAGACCAGAAAAGCACACCAAAGCCCAGAUGCUGGACCUGGUGGUUCUGGAGCAGCUCCUGUUCCUUCUGCCCCCAGAGAUGGAAGGCUGGGUGCAGGAAUGUGGAGCAGAGACCAGCUCCCAGGCGGUGGCCCUGGCUGAAGGCUUCCUCCUGAGCCAGGUGGAGGAGCAGAAGCAGCAGGUGAAGUUGCAGUGCUGCAGUGUGGAGAUCAGAGAUCCUGAGGGAAAGAAGAAUCCAUCAAAUCCCUCUCAGGAGCUCUUUUUCAGGAGGAUCCCUUGCGAAGAUCAAAGUCAGGACACCUCAGGAGAGAAACAAAGAGUGACGUUUUCUGGUUUUUAUGAUGGAGCUCAAACUGUGAUUGAACCUCCAAAUCAAGAGAGUCUUGUGUCCUUCAAGGAGGUGGCUGUGUAUUUCUCUGAGGAGGAAUGGUCUCAGCUGGAUUCUGACCAAAAAGCGCUGCAUUCGGAAGUCAUGCUGGAAAAUCAUAGGAACGUGGUCUCUCUGGGUAAUAAUGGGCAGGAGAAUCAAGAUUCCUGUGGAUUGUUCCAAGUGAUCAAUACUAAAGUUGAAAUGGAGAACUUUGGAAUUCGAAUGGAAUUAGAAAGCCAUGAGAGAAACCAGUCAAAUAAUUGGAAUCAGGAUAGCUCAUCUUCCACUAAUGCUCCGAUGCAAGACUUUCUUGCCCAACAAGAGAAAAUAAGGAAAAAAUAUAUUGGGGAAAGUGUGCAGCUGAUCAAAGAUAAAUUACAUGUAAACGAACACCAUUUAACACAAAACAAAGGAGAAGAUGCUAUAAGACAAAACGGACAAAAUUACAAUGGUACAUUCAUUCUUUCUCUUGGAAAUAACUUCCUUACGUCUCAAAAAGUGAUUCACACAAAAAAGGAUCCUUAUAAAUGCAUGGAAUCUGGAAAACAUUUUAGAACAAGCGGGAAUCUUACGUCCCAUGAAAGGAUUCACACUGUAGAGAAAUGGUGUUCAGAAGCACCUGUAGCCCACACAACCCAGACCCUCCAAGCAGCAGGAGAGAAACCAUAUAAAUGCAUGGAGUGUGGAAAGACCUUUGUGCAACGCAGUGCUCUUACUUCUCAUAAAAUGAUCCACACAGGGGAAAAGCCAUUUAAAUGCAUGGAGUGUGGAAAGACCUUUGCUCAAAGAGGUAAUCUUAAAUCCCAUAAGAUGAUCCACACAGGGGAGAAGCCAUAUAAAUGCAUGGAUUGUGGAAAGACCUUUCCACGAAGAAGUCAUCUUAUUUCCCAUAUGAUGAUCCACACAGGGGAGAAGCCGUACAAAUGCAUGGAGUGUGGAAAAACCUUUGCUCAACGCAGUUAUCUUGCUUCUCAUAAAAAUAUCCACACAGGGGAGAAACCAUUUAAAUGCAUGGAGUGUGGAAAGACCUUUCCUCGAAAAGGUCGUCUUAUUUCCCAUAUGAUGAUCCACACAGGGGAGAAGCCAUACAAAUGCAUGGAAUGUGGAAAGACCUUUGCUCAACGCAGUUAUCUUGCUUCUCAUAAAAAGAUCCACACAGGGGAGAAACCAUAUAAAUGCAUGGAGUGUGGAAAGACCUUUCCUCGAAGAGGUCAUCUUAUUUGCCAUAAGACGAUCCACACAGGGGAAAAGCCAUAUAAAUGUAUGGAGUGUGGGAAGACCUUUCCUCGAAGAGGUAAUCUUAUUUCCCAUAAAAUGAUCCACACAGGGGAGAAGCCAUUUAAAUGUAUGGAGUGUGGAAAGACCUUUGCUCAAGGCAGCUAUCUUGCUUCCCAUAAAAAGAUCCAUUCAGAAGAGAAACCAUUUAAAUGCAUGGAGUGUGGAAAUAUGUUUACUAAGAGCAGUGCUCUUACUUCUCAUAAGAUGAUCCACACAGGGGAGAAACCAUAUAAAUGCACUGAGUGUGGAAAGACUUUUCCUCGAAGAGGUAAUCUUAUUUCCCAUAUGAUGAUCCACACAGGGGAGAAGCCGUACAAAUGCCUGGAGUGUGGAAAGACCUUUGCUCAAUGCAGUUAUCUUACUUCCCAUAAAAAGAUCCACACAGGGGAGAAGCCAUAUAAAUGCAUGGCAUGUGGAAAGACGUUUACUAAGAGCAGUGCUCUUACUUCUCAUAAAAUGAUCCAUACAGGGGAGAAACCAUAUAAAUGCACGUAGUGUGGAAAGACCUUUCCUCGAAGAGAUAAUCUUAUUUCCCAUAAGAUGAUCCACACAGAGAAGAAUGCAUUUAAAUGCAUGGAAUGUGGAAAAAGUUUUGCUCAGAAUUGUCAUCUUACUUCUCAUACAAGGAUCCACACUCAGGAGAAAGUAUAUAGCAAUAGCAAUUCCACUUUAGACUUAUCUACCACUCCACAAUGCUUUACAGCACUUUCUGAGCAGUUUACAAAGUCAGCAUAUUGUCCCGAAGAAUCUGGGUCCUCAUGGCUUCUGGAUACGGACUGGCUGGUCCUGUGCCUCUGCCUGCUGCCAGUACCAGCCUGCAGCAAUCCCAGUUGCUGCAAGCGAGCAGCGAGCAUGUCGAGAGCGAAAAGAGGGACUCACCUGCCACCCUUUGCACUGCAGAAGGGGGAAGCGGAAGAAGCCGGGAAGGUGGUGAGAAUCCAGGGCUCCCUUCCUGCCGGGGAAGAGUCCGAGUGUGGGGGGGAGGAGAGGCCCAGCAGGAGAGGAGAGAAACUGGGCACCGGAAAUGGUCCUGUGAAAGAAAAGACAUCUGGAGACCCAGAAGAGUCCUUGGAGCCAUUUGGAGUUGCUCUGCAGGAGAGAGAAAGGAUGGAGACACAACCUUUGGGAAAGGAGGGAAGUGGAAAAGGCCCUUCAGCUGCUCAGCCUGGGAAGCUGUGGACAAGGACCGGACAGAAGAUCCUGGAGGAGGAAACCAUCCUCCCUUCAGAAGUUCAGCCCUGGAAUUUCAUCCAAUACUGGGAGGCUGAGGGUCCCCGAGGAAUUUGCAGCCGACUCCAUGGCGUUUGCAGGCGAUGGCUGAGACCAGAAAAGCACACCAAAGCCCAGAUGCUGGACCUGGUGGUUCUGGAGCACCUCCUGUUCCUUCUGCCCCCAGAGAUGGAGGGCUGGGUGAGGGAAUGUGGAGCAGAGACCAGCUCCCUAGCAGUGGCCCUGGCUGAAGGCUUCCUCCUGAGCCAGGCAGAGGAGCAGAAGGAGCAGGUUGACUUGCAAUGCUGCAGUGUGGAGAUCAGAGAUCCUGAGGGAAAGAAGAAUCCAUCAAAUCCCCUUCAGAAGCUAUUUUUCAGGAAGAUCCCUUGGGAAGAUCAAAGUCAGGACACCUCAGGAGAGAAACAAAGAAUCAAGCUUUCUGGUUUUUAUGAUGGAGCUCAAACUGUGAUUGAACCUCCAAAUCAAGAGAGUCUUGUGUCCUUCGAGGAGGUGGCUGUGUAUUUCUCUGAGGAAGAAUGGUCUCAGCUGGAUCCUGACCAAAAAGCGCUGCAUUUGGAAGUCAUGCUUGAAAACCACAGGAACGUGGUCUCUCUGGCUAAUAAUGGGCAGGAGAAUCAAGAUUCCUCUGAACUGUUCCAAGUGUUCAAUGCUAAAGAUGGAACUGAGAACUUUGGAAUUCGAAUGGAAUUCGAAAGCCAUGAGAAAAACCAGUCAAAUAAUUGGAAUCAGGAAAUCUCAUCUUCCACUGAUGCCCAAAAAAAGAAAAUAAGGAAAAAAUAUAUUGGGAAAAGUGUGAAGCUAAUCAAAGAUAAAUUACAUGUAAACGAACACCAUUUAACCCAAAACGAAGGAGAAGAUGGUAUAAGGCACAACGGAAAAAAUUACAAUGGGACAUUCAUUCAUUCUCUUGGAAAUAACUUCCUUACGUCUCAAAAAGUGAUUCACAGAAAAAAGGAUCCUUAUAAACAUUUGGAAUCUGGAAAAAUUUUUGGAACAAGCAGGCAACUUACUUCCCAUGAAAGGAUUCAGACUGGGGAGAAACAGUGUUCAGAAGCACCUGUAGCCCUUGCAAUCCAAUCACUCCAGACAGCAGGAGAGAAACCAUAUAAAUGCAUGGAGUGUGGGAAAACCUUUAUUCAUAGCAAUGGACUUAGAAACCACAAAACGAUCCACACAGGAGAGAAACCAUAUAAAUGCAUGGAGUGUGGGAAAACCUUUGCUCUGAGCAAUAGACUUACCAUGCACAAAAAGAUCCACACAGGGGAAAAACCAUUUAAAUGCAUGGAGUGUGGAAAGACCUUUGCUCGAAGAGAUUAUCUUAUUUCCCAUAAGAUGAUCCACACAGGGGAGAAGCCAUUUAUAUGUAUGGAAUGUGGAAAGACCUUUACUUUUAGAGGUAGUCUUAUUUCCCAUCAGGUGAUCCACACAGGGGAGAAACCAUAUAAAUGCAUGGAGUGUGGAAAGACCUUUACUCAUAGCAAUGGACUUAGAAACCACAAAACAAUCCACACAGGAGAGAAACCAUAUAAAUGCAUGGAGUGUGGACAGACUUUUGCUCAGAGCAGUAGACUUACUAUCCACAAAUGGAUCCACACAGGGGAAAAGCCAUUUAAAUGCAUGGAAUGUGGAAACACCUUUGCUCGAAGAGAUUAUCUUAAUUGUCAUAGGAUGAUCCACACAGGGGAGAAACCAUAUAAAUGCAUUCAGUGUGGUAAAGCCUUUACUCGUAGCUAUGAACUUACUAGGCACAAAACGAUCCAUACAGGAGAGAAACCAUAUAAAUGCAUGGAUUGUGAAAAGACCUUUGCUCAGAGCAGUAGACUUACUAUCCAUAAAUGGAUCCACACAGGGGAAAAGCCAUUUAAAUGCAUGGACUGUGGACAGACUUUUGCUCACUUUGCGCAACGCAAUGCUCUUACUUCUCAUAAAAUGAUCCACACAGGGGAAAAGCCAUUUAAAUGCAUGGAAUGUGGAAAGACCUUUGCUCAAGGAGGUAAUCUUAAAUCCCAUAAGAUGAUCCACACAGGGGAGAAGCCGUAUAAAUGCAUGGAGUGUGGAAAGACCUUUCCACGAAGAAGUCAUCUUAUUUCCCAUACGAUGAUCCACACAGGGGAGAAGCCGUACAAAUGCAUGGAGUGUGGAAAGACCUUUGCUCAACGCAGUUAUCUUGCUUCUCAUAAAAAGAUCCACACAGGGGAGAAAUCGUAUAAAUGCAUGGAGUGUGGAAAGACCUUUCCUCGAAGAGGUAAUCUUAUUUCCCAUAAAAUGAUCCACACAGGGGAGAAGCCAUUUAAAUGUAUGGAGUGUGGAAAGACCUUUGCUCAAGGCAGUUAUCUUGCUUCCCAUAAAAAGAUCCAUUCAGAAGAAAAACCAUUUAAAUGCAUGGAGUGUGGAAAGAUGUUUACUAAGAGCAGUGCUCUUACUUCCCAUAAAAAGAUCCACACAGGAGAGAAGCCGUAUAAAUGUAUGGAGUGUGGGAAGACCUUUCCUCGAAGAGGUAAUCUUAUUUCCCAUAAGAUGAUCCACACAGGGGAGAAGCCAUUUAAAUGUAUGGAGUGUGGAAAGACCUUUGCUCAAGGCAGUUAUCUUGCUUCCCAUAAAAAGAUCCAUUCAGAAGAGAAACCAUUUAAAUGCAUGGCGUGUGGAAAGACGUUUACCAAGAGCAGUGCUCUUACUUCUCAUAAAAUGAUCCACACAGGGGAGAAACCGUAUAAAUGCAUGGAGUGUGGAAAGACAUUUCCUCGAAGAGGUAAUCUUAUUUCUCAUAAGAUGAUCCACACAGAGAAGAAGGCAUUUAAAUGCGUGGAAUGUGGAAAGACCUUUGCUCGAUGCAGUUAUCUUGCUUCUCAUAAAAAGAUCCACUCAGGAGAAAAACCAUUUAAAUGCAUGGAGUGUGGAGAGAGCUUUGUUCAAAAUUGUCAUCUUACUUCUCAUAAAAGGAUCCAUGCUCAGGAGAAAGUAUGUAGCAUUAGCAAUUCUACUUUAGACUUACAUACCAGUCCACAAAGCUUUAUAGCAGCCUUUGAGCAGUUUACAAAGUCAGCAUAUUGACCCCAGCAAUCUGGGUUCUCAUUUUACCGACCUGAAAAAGAUUAAAAGUUAAAUAAACUAUGAGCCGUUCAGAUCAAA